AUGGCCUUCCACCCAACGGGAGGAUUGCUCCUCUUCUGGAUCACGGCAUCAUGUUCUUUAGGAUUUAUGCUGUUCGGCUACGAUCAAGGCGUUUUUGGAGGCUUGCUAUCCAACCCGACCUUCUUAGAUCGAUUUAACCACCCGGGCGCCACCUUGCAGGGCCAAAUUGUCUCGACGUACACCAUCGGAUGCAUCAUCGGCUCCGUAAUCAUCAUUCCGACUGGUGACAUGCUCGGACGACGAAGGGCGACGAUAUUCGGGUGCACAGUCGUCGCAAUCGGAGGGAUACUGCAGGCUUCAGCGUUCACCCUUCCACAUAUGAUCGUCGGACGGAUUGUUUCUGGUAUCGGCAUCGGCAUCAACACAACGACUCUCCCCAUAUGGCAGAGCGAGACGUGCAUGCGACCGUCGCUGCGUGGGAGACUUGUCGCGAUUGAGUUGACGACCUUGGUCUUUGGUUUUGUUUUGACGAACUGGAUGAACUUCGGCUUCACGUACGUCUCGCACAGCGAGGUAUCAUGGCGCUUUCCUCUAGCGUUUCAAUCCUUCCUUGCAAUCGGCACAGCAGGGAUUACUCCAUUCGUUGUCGAGUCGCCUCGCUGGCUCUGCUUGAAGGACCGCGAGGAUGAUGCCAGGGUUGUAAUCGCCCGACUGUUGGCCAAACCGGUCGAACACGAGGAUGUGCGAGAGGCAUUGGAGAUCAUGCUCGAUACUCUGGCACGCGAGAAGGAGGAGUACAAGGCCGGAUGGAAGGAGCUGUUGCAUAAUGGCAAGCAGCAGACCUUCCGACGGGUCCUUCUCGGGAUGGGGACGAAUUACUUCCAGCAGAUGGGUGGCGUGAACGUCGUGGCCUACUAUCUCCCAGUCGUCCUGGAACGGUCUUUCGGCUUCACUCCCCGGUUGGCCCUCAUCCUCUCCGCCUGCGACAGCAUGCAGUGGAUGUUUUGGGGGGGCAUGGCCAUCUACUGCAUCGAGAAGUUCGGUCGGAAAACGAUGAUGAUGUUCGGUGCACUGGGCUGCAGUCUCUGCUUCAUCGUCAUUGCCGCCGGUCUUGGUGUGGGUACAAAGGCAUCGAACGGUGUUGCGGUGGCCUUCAUCUUCCUCUUCUACUUCUUCUUCGGGCAGAGCUUCAUGGCGAUCGGCUUCUUGUAUCCAUCGGAGAUCAACAGCAACAUGAGCAGGAACCGGGGGGCGGCGAUCGCUAUGAUUACGAACUGGUGCGGCAAUUACAUUGUUGUCUCCAUCACGCCAACUGGCAUCGAAAACCUUGCUUGGAAGUUCUAUAUCAUCUUCGCAGCGCUGAACCUUUCCUUUGCACCAAUCAUCUGGUUCUUCUAUCUCGAGACUGCUGGUUUAUCGCUGGACGAGAUCGAUCGGGUCUUCGAGAUUGCGCACGCGCCUGGCGUCAAGAUGGGCUACAAAGAAGCCACUCGACUGGCAAAGGAGGAGUUUGAGGCAGAGAGGCUGCGGAUCCAUGAUGGGAAGCAGGUGAACCGCGAGAAGGAGCCCUCGGAGGAUGCACAUUUUGUUGAGUCGGUGUGA